AUGCUGGCAGUACCUACCCCUUCUCUAACAGCCACCCUGGCCCGUGGAGGAAAUUAUCCAGCAGCUGCUGUUCCCCUGGUUGCUUUGGGAACCCAGAGUGGGACAAUAGAUGUUGUUGAUGUUUCAGCCAAUGCUGUAUCUUCAAGUUUAUCAGUUCAUAAUGGUACUGUCAGGGGACUACGAUGGCUGGGAAAUUCCAGGCUGGUUUCAUUUUCUUAUACUCAGGCUAAUGAAAAAUCUGGAGGAUAUAUUAACAAGCUAGUUGUUACUUGCCUUCGAAGUGGCCUUAACAAGAUGUUUCGAGUUAUGCAAAAGCCAGAACGUGCACCUAUAAGAGCUUUGAGGACAUCUUCAUCUGGAAGGUAUCUUCUAAUUUUGUUUCGAGAUGCACCUGUGGAAGUUUGGGCAAUGACUAAAAAUCCUAUCAUGCUUAGAUCAUUAGCUCUUCCAUUUACUGUGUUGGAAUGGACACUUCCGACAGUUCCACGUCCUUCUAAAGAUCAAACAUCUGGAGCAUUAGAUGAAGCAUCUAAACUAUCAAAAACUUCCACUUCUGAUUCAACAGAGGGUCCAAGUACAGAGGGAUCUCAUGAUGACACGUCCGAAAGUUUUGCAUUUGCUUUGAUGAAUGGGGCACUCGGAGUUUUUGAAGUGCAUGGUAGAAGAAUUCGAGAUUUCAGACCAAAAUGGCCUUCUUCUUCAUUUGUAUCAUCCGAUGGAUUGAUAACAGCAAUGGCCUACCGCUUGCCUCAUGUGGUAAUGGGAGACAGAAUAGGGAACAUAAGAUGGUGGGAUGUGAUGACUGGAAAUUCUUCUUCAUUCAACACUCACAGAGAAGGAAUUCGACGAAUCAAAUUUUCACCUUUUGUUCCAGGGGACCAGAGCCGGGGGCGUAUUGCUGUUCUGUUUUAUGAUAAUACCUUUUCUGUAUUUGAUUUGGACUCACCAGACCCCUUAGCCAAUUCACUUUUGCAACCUCAAUUUCCUGGAACCCCUGUGUUGGAACUUGAUUGGUUGCCCUUGCGAACUGAUAAGAAUGAUCCACUGGUACUGUGCAUUGCUGGAGCAGAUGGUAGCUUUCGUCUUGUUGAAACUAAUGUAAAUGAUAAACGAUCUGGCUAUGCACUCCAGAUCAGAAAUACAAAGGAGAGAUUCCGGUCAAUGCCUAUAUGUUGUCCCAUUCUACUUCCUUCACCACAUGCGCUGGCGUUGCGCAUGAUUUUACAAUUGGGUGUUAAACCAUCUUGGUUUAAUACAUGUAGUACAACCAUAGAAAAGAGACCUCACUUACUUCCAGGAACGCCUUCAUCUACAGGGGAUCUUCGCACAUACAUGGUCAACAUACCACCUCUUGGUGACUCAGUGGUGCCAGAGAUGCUUUUAAAAGUAUUGGAACCAUAUAGAAAAGAAGGUUGCAUGCUAGACGAUGAGAGAGCAAAGCUGUAUGCUAGUAUUGUGGAUCAAGGUUGUGCUGCAAGGUUUGCUUUUGCAGCUACAAUAUUUGGUGAAUCCUCAGAAGCUCUGUUUUGGCUACAGCUGCCUCAUGCAUUUAAACAUUUGAUGAACAAGUUAUUGAGAAAGAAUCCACCAAAGGAGUCCACAGUAGCAACUAUAUCUGAUGUUGAUGAUGAAAGGUCUCUACUAUCUCGGAUAUCAUCAAAAGGAAAACGGACUGAAGAAACAGGGAGAGAUGUAUUGAGCCAAGGUCAACUACGGUUAAUGGCUUUUGACCGAGAAGAGUUGUGGAAAACUGCUAGUGAGCGAAUUUCUUGGCAUGAAAAAUUAGAAGGUGAAGAGGCGAUACAAAAACGCGUUCAUGAGCUUGUGUCUGUUGGAAACCUAGAAGCUGCAGUUAGUUUAUUGCUGUCUACACCCCCAGAGAGCUCUUACUUCUAUGUCAAUGCUCUUCGUGCUGUUGCUCUCUCUUCUGCUGUUUCAAGGUCUCUUCAUGAACUUGCAGUGAAGGUUGUUGCAGCCAACAUGGUGAGGGCUGACAGGUCACUAUCUGGCACACAUCUUCUAUGUGCAGUUGGAAGAUAUCAAGAAGCAUGUUCUCAGCUACAAGAUGCUGGGUGCUGGAUUGACGCUGCAACCUUAGCUGCUAGGCACUUGAAGGGAUCAGAUUAUGCAAGAGUGUUGCAAAGAUGGGCUGGACACAUCCUUCACACUGAACAUAAUAUCUGGAGGGCCAUAAUUAUGUAUGUUGCCGCUGGUGCACUGCAAGAGGCUUUGGCUGCUCUUCGUGAGGCUCAGCUUCCUGACACAGCUGCAAUGUUUAUCCUUGCAUGCCGUGAAACCCAUGCAGAAAUAGUUUCUACCCUUGGUAUUCCUGACGAUGAAUCAAGUUCAUCAGUCAAGGAUGAGCUACUAAACUUGCGUGCUUUAGAUCCAAAGAAUGAAGAUGUCAUUGCAGUUGAUGAAUAUUUUGGGCAAUAUCAAAGAAAAUUGGUGCAUCUAUGCAUGGAUUCGCAGCCUUUCGCUGACUAA